CCGGUCGACAUGCUUCAGGGCCUGUGCAGGUCGUGUAUACCGCACCCUUCACCAUCUGUACGCGUGCUGCCACGUAAACUAACUCUUUUGUAUAUCGCUCGUGCUUUCACGGAGACCGUCUAGCUGCUUGAAAUGGCGUCCUCCCAAGGGCUGCAUUCGUUGGCAACGAUCAUAAAGAGGUUGGAGGCUGCAACAUCCAGGCUAGAGGAUCUUGCCAACCUACCCCCGUCCGGCCUCGUCACUGGUUUGCAGAAUGUCGCCUCAUCAUCCUUGCCGUCCGCAUCCUCCGAGCCCACUCCGGUUCCCCCUCCCCAUGGACAGACUGCGCCCGCAGCUCCUGCGGUGGAGAUUCCCAGGAGCGUAGAGGCUUUUGACGAGAUGAUCCUUGAGGGCAAGGUCAAGCCGUUCGUGGAGUUGACGAAGAGCUUCGCGGUGCAGUCGGUCAUCGACCAGGCGGCACUCGUCGAGAAGGAAUUUCAGGACCUACGUGCCUUGCUGCUCCUUGCCGCAAACUGCAAGAAGCCUGACCAGAAGGCGUUUGAGGCGUUCCUCGUACCGUUGCAGAAGGAUAUCGAGGCUAUCACUCGUGCUAAGGAGGCGAAUCGGAAAGACCGCGAUUGGCUGAACCACCUGUCUACUGUUGCGGAAGGAGGCACAUGUGUUGGUUGGGUCACAAUCUCACCGAAGCCGGGCCCGUUCGUUGCUGAGAUCAAAGACUCUACGCUGUUCUAUGGCAACCGUGUGCUGAAGGAGUUCAAGGACAAGGAUUCCAAGCACGCAGAGUGGGUGAAGGCGUAUACGUCUCUACUGGAAGAACUGCGCAAGUACAUCGUUGAGUACCACACUACUGGUCUUGUAUGGGCUCCCAAGGGAAUGUCCGUAGACGAAUAUAAGGCCGCUUCGUCCGGACCUGCUACCGGUGCAGGUGCCCCACCACCACCACCGCCUCCACCACCACCUGGUCCCCCUCCUCCUCCGGUAGCCGCGCCUGCCCCGGCUGCUGGUGGUGUAGCCGCCGUGUUCGCUGAACUGAAUCGGGGAGAGGAUGUGACAAAGGGCUUGCGCAAGGUCGACAAGUCUCAGAUGACGCACAAGAACCCUGCGCUCAGGGCGGGUGGCACAGUUCCGAGCUCAACGGGUCCAGCUGCCAUACCCAAGCGUCCAGUUAAGCCCACUAAGCCGCAGUCUCUUGCGGGCAAGAAGCCCUCGAAGUUUGCUCUUGAAGGCAACAAAUGGAUGAUAGAAUAUCAAGAAAACGAGUCGGCGCUCACCGUAGACAACGUGGAGUUGAACCAGACAGUGAACUUGUACGGUUGCAAGAGCUCGACAAUUAUUAUCAAGGGCAAGGUGAACGCGGUCACAUUAGUCAACUGUAUCAAGACAUCGAUUCUCGUAGAGAAUGUGAUCUCGGCAGUCUCUGUUACCAACUGCCCCUCUUUCGCAUUGCAGAUCACGGGAAGCGCACCGACCAUCCAGCUCGACUCGACAGAUUCUGGGCAGAUCUAUCUCUCCAAGGAUUGUCUCGGCGUCGAGAUCACGACCGCGAAGUGCAGUAGCAUCAAUGUGAGCUUGCCAGAAGAGGGCGAGGAGGAAGGUGUCUUCACGGAACACCCAAUCCCGGAGAUGUUCAGGACAAUGAUUCAGGAUGGCAAGCUUGUCACGACUGCUGUGGAACACGCUGGUUAGUAAAUGGGAUGGUGGACAGUGCUGUAAUCUGUAUGGGUUGUGUUUACUGGAUAUGGAUAGGCGGACAUGAUUAAAGUUAGUCUUUGGUGAAAUGAACGUAGCGUGUUCGAGAACGCAAUCUCAAAUCCAGGACUCCGAGAGAGCAUCCACUGAAGUGCCCGGAUCAGAUGCAUCGGGAGUACUAGUAGAGUUCGAGGC